AUGUUUUCCCAAUUUUCUACGCCUUCUGCGUCUCCCCCACUACGUUCCCCAGUGGCGGCGGGAGGAGUGAAGUUGCCGGAGCACAGCCCAGCGCUCCGCACACCCCUCCCGCAGGGCGGCGGGUUCAGGUCGCUGCCGGGGCCGACCCAAGCAACUUGGAUCCCCUCUCGUGUUGCAUCUACCCCAGGGCCGGCGUGCUCGCCGCUGCUCUCCCCGCGCUCUCUGCCGGAACCGCAGCAGGAGUACGGUCUAGGCACAGCGAGAGGGAGAAUCCCGCCUCGGCCCUGCCCAUAUUGGUCCCGCGCCCGCCAAACCUCGGCAUCCCCUAGGCGCUCGCACGCUGGGGGGCCCUGGCCGCGCCGGGGAGAGUGGGCCCUGGGUCCACACCCCCGCCGGGAUCCAGUGCCGCGGCCCAGGAACGAGGGCCAGAUGCGUGGGGGAGGAAUCGCGCGGUCCCGUCGCAGCGCUGCGGAUCACCUCCCGGCUCCUUCUCAGGUCCCCCGACCCGGACCCGCUGCCUCCGUCGCAAGUCGGCCCGCCCAGGUCGCGUCACAACCGAGGCCGCCAAUCCCGCGGGCUAAGGCGCCGCAUUGGCUGCGGAGCUUUAUUUCUAGACGUGCCAGCUUAUUCCCCGUGGGGCGGCCAAUCUCCGCGGCUGCACGUUUCUCAGCUGCUUAGCCCUUAGUAAUUAGUGUCCAUGCGAUCCACGUGGGCAAAGCACAUUUCUGCAGAUAGCCUUGCACCUGGCUGAAAGCAUCUUAAAAACAAUCAACCUGCUUUAACCACCUCAGUCUUCGCUUAACGAGGACAGAAUGGCAGUCACUGGUAAUUUUGGUUUAGGGUUGUUUGCAUGUUUACCUUGAUUUGUUCUGUGACAGGGAUCUUAUGUGUUUAUAGAAAGUCAGGAGGCGACAGUGCUAGAUACUUAUUUGACUUGUCCACUCAUGCCGCCAGUGAUGGUGCUGACUAAGCAAGUUUGCAGCUGUGGAGCCAGCGCUUCGCGUACCAAUCUCGUCUUCCAGGCUCUAGGUCAUAGACAACUGGAGGUGGACAGGUCGUUAAAAGUAACAACGUCACUCUGCAUUUCGAAUCAUGGAUAAAUAUACAGCCACGCUGGAUUCUCAGGGCACUAUAGCGCCGAGAUUGAAGAGAGCUCUGAAAACGUUCAGAGGAGGAUCUGUGCAGGGAGGAUCUGGGUUGGAACGUUGUACCCACACAACAUUUAGAAUCCAAGCCAUGAUUCCCGGCGUCCACUCAACAGUUUAGGACACGGGAUGGACUACAAACCAUGUAGAUACAUAGAUCUGGAAUUUGCAACACUGAGUAGGAUUAGUACGGUGCAUAUCUGACCUACAAGUUAUAUAUUUUACAAAUCAUGUUUGUUUGCUCAGGACUUUCUGAUAAAACAGCAAUGCUACGCAAUCCUGCACCCAGUUAUCUUAGAAGAUUGAAUGGCGGUACAAAUAACUUUAUUCACUCACAUUCAGCCACAUUCAACAAAAUACUUUUGAGAAUCUGCUAUGUACCAGACAACUACCAGACAUGGUAAUAUAGUGGUGAAGACACAGGCAUAGUCAUAGUCUUGAAGCUAGAGUGGAAAACAGAGAUGCAUAAUUAGAAUCUAGAGAAAAGAGAUACGGUGGCUAAGAGCACAAGCUUUGAGGUUGAUAGUUUCUGCCUUCAAACCCUGAUGCCACCAUUGACAAGCUAUGUGAUCUUAGACAAGUUAUCUAACCUCUCUUGAGCUCCUUCAUAUGUAAAAAGUGAAGAUCAUAAUAAUAAGUGGAACUAUAGUAUCUACGUUUAACUGUUUGUUUUAAAGUAAUAAAGAAUAUAUAAGACACCAACAAAUAGUAAGUAUCCAAAUGGUGGCUGUCAUAAAUGGUGACAAGUGCUGUGAACUGGACACAAUGGAAUGCUAUGGAGAUACAUGGGAGGAAACCCACUAGCUUCAGGUGGCAGGAAAAGUUUUCUCGAGGAAGCCUUCUAAAUCAGGACCCAAAAGGAGAGUGUGAGUUAGCCAAGAUGAGAAGGAGAAGCAAAAAGCCAGUCCAGAGAGGCCAGAUAUCCGUGGAGGCUAUGUUGGAGGUGGAUGGUUAAGUAAGGUAUCAUGACCUUAGCACUCAAGAGCUGCUUAUUCCCUUCUCAUCAAUUUUCUAUGCCUCUGCUCCAUUUGUUUUCCUAAAAACCAGCUUCCUCUGCUUCCUCAUGAUCACUACUUUCCCAAAACUUCAACUUGCAUAUGGCUUUAGUUUGUCUUGGUGCUAAACUCAAGGAAAAUGGACCUUACAGCUCCAGUGUCCAACAGUGCUUGGCAGGCCCAGUCUCUAUUUCUCAGUUCAGUUUCUCACAAGGAGUUUUUAUUGUCUCAGUCCGGAUUAUGAACGGAUUUAUAGCUGCAUCAAGCUCUUCACCCCCAGCCAAUAGGAGGGACAAAGUGGCACCUAGCUUCUAAGGUCUGCCUCCUUUAGCCAAGUGGGAUAGAAGAUUAUUUACAAGAAGACAAUAUAUGUGGAAGUCAAUGCCACUCAUUCCCGUUUCAAUUCUGGACUUUGUCAACAUUUAGAACUGUACCAAGCCUGAAAUAAAUCCAGACCAUUUGGUGAGCUUUAUCUUCCAGUUCUCUCACUCACGGUGGCUCUGGUGUGCAGCUACCAGAAUCUCUGGGGUAUUGAACCCCUGGAUGAGCCUGAAGUUCUUCUGUGGAUCCUCACUCUAUUAUCUGACAAGUAUUAACAUGGACUUUUGAGUCAACAGACAUUAGUUUGAAUCCUGGCUUAACCCUCACUAGAUGCAUACAUUUGAGCAAGUUACUUAACCCCUAUCAGCCUCAGUUUUUACUUUUGUGAAAUAAAUAAAACAAUACUUGUCCUAUAGGUUUUUGUGAGAAAUCAAAUAAGGUAUUGUAAACACCUGACACAGUUAACACUGUAAAUUAGGCAUAUUAUGCAUCUACUAAAGUGAACAUUACAACAAUUGCAGCAAAAUGGAAAAAUGCAUAUAAUUUAAUGUUAAAGGGAAAAAGUAAAUAUAAAGUAGAAUUUAUAUGGUAUAAUUGUGUGAGAUACCUAUGCAUAUUGUGACAUAACAAGAAAUAUGUAUUUGAUCUCCACUCCCAGAUCAUAGCACAGAGCUCCAAAAUUCCUUAGAAUGUCCUGGGUGAUGGAAGCAUCUUGUGUUUUAAUGAGGCAACUCUUGGUGAGCCCCUAAAUGGCUUGAGGAUGGGGACUGGUCACCAGAAAGCCAUGAUUCGAAGCUUGGAACUUUCAGCCCCAUUGCCCCAUUCCCAGAUCUUCCAGGGAGAAAGAGGGGCUAGAGAUUGAAUUAAAAAUUGACCAUGCCUAUGUGAUGAAACCUCCGUAAAAAAAAUCCCUAAAAGAUGGAGUUCAGAGAGUUUCUGGGUUAGUGAACACAUCCACAUACCAGUGGGUAGCACACCCCAAUCCCACAGGGACAGAAGCUCCUGUACUCAAGACCCUUUCAGACUUUGCCCUAUGUACUUCUUCAUCUGGCUGUUCACCUCUAUCUUUUAUAAUAUCCUUAAUAAUAAACUAGUAAAUGU